AUGACCGACUCCAAGAGCAUGACCGACAAGGAGAUGGCGGAGAUUCACGUUCAGGCCGUCACGGCCGAGCCGCGCAAGUCUUACCAGACGGUGGCUGCUGUAAACGGUCCGCUGGUCAUCCUCGACCACGUCUCCAUGGCGCAGUACAACGAGAUCGUCAGCAUCCAGCUGCCAAACGGAGAGGUCCGGACUGGUCAAGUUCUGGAAGUAUCAGGUGACAAGGCCGUCGUACAGGUCUUCGAGGGAACUACCGGUGUCGACACCAAAGACACCAAGAUCACCUUCUCUGGCUCGCCAAUGACGCUCGGAGUCUCUCCGGAAAUUGCUGGUCGUGUCUUCAAUGGUUCUGGAAAGCCGAUUGACAAGGGUCCCCCUGUCUUCUGCACUGAGUUCCUUGACAUCCAGGGCAUGCCCAUCAACCCUUACUCCCGGUCAUAUCCUACUCAGAUGGUCCAGACAGGUAUCUCCACCAUCGACGUGAUGAACUCUAUCGCCCGAGGGCAGAAGAUUCCAAUCUUCAGUGCUGCCGGUCUGCCCCACAACGAGAUCGCAGCCCAAAUUUGUCGACAGGCCGGCCUGGUCGAACAGCCAGGACAAGAGGGCGGUGAGAAGGAAGAGUUCUACCUGAUUUUCGCUGCUUUGGGUGUCAACCAGGAGACUGCUCGAUUCUUCAUGCGGGAAUUCCAGGAGUCUGGCGCUAUCGCCAAUGCCACCCUGUUCAUCAACUUGGCUUCAGACCCUACCAUCGAACGUAUCAUUACACCCCGUCUCGCUUUGACUGCCGCCGAAUACAUGGCGUACACCCUCGGCAAGCAGGUUCUGGUCGUCAUCACUGAUAUGAGUUCAUACGCCGACGCUUUGCGUGAAGUCUCAGCGGCGCGAGAGGAAGUGCCCGGUCGUCGUGGUUACCCAGGUUACUUGUACACCGAUUUGGCAACUCUUUACGAGCGAGCCGGACGUGUAGAGGGGAAGCCAGGAUCGAUUACCCAGAUUCCAAUCUUGACCAUGCCAAAUGACGAUAUCACCCACCCUAUCCCUGAUUUGACCGGCUACAUCACAGAGGGACAAAUCUUCAUUGACCGUCAACUCAACAACAAGGGCGUCAUGCCCCCUAUCAACGUGUUGCCCAGUUUUGCUAUCGGAGAGGGACUGACACGGAAGGAUCACGGUGACGUGUCCAACCAGCUGUAUGCCAAGUACGCCAUGGGCCGAGACGCCGCCUCGAUGAUGAGUGUUGUCGGUGAAGAAGCCCUGAGCGCGGAGGACAAGCUCGCCCUCGAAUUCCUCACCCGCUUUGAGCUUGAGUUUGUCAACCAGGGCUCUUUCGAACAGAGGAGUAUCUUUGACUCGCUCGAUAUCGCCUGGGACCUGCUCCGGAUCUUCCCCAAGGAGUCUUUGAACCGUAUCAACCCCAAGAUCCUGAACGAGUUCUACGCUCGGAAAGGCAAGGCACAGAAGCCAGCCGAGAAGGCGGAGAAGAAGGAGGAGAAUUUGAUUGAUGCCUAG